GGUGGAUUUAUUGGAAAUUUUGCUUGUAUAAACUGAAUGCCGUUCACUUAGCAUACGAAGCCCCUCUGGAUCCAUAUUUAUACGCCUAUGAAUAUUGGGAUUACUGUUUCUAUUCCAGCUGCGAUGUUAUCGAUAAUCGCGGCUUUCUUGUCUCAGUUGUCCAACUCUGACGCCUGUAGUAAUAGACACGAACAUGCUACGUACAAGUCUGUUACUCGUCGAUCAACGCCGAAUCCACGAUUUCGGACAUUCUAUAAAAAUGCGAACAAUUCACAUUGUGUUUUUUCGGAUGUUUAUACGUUUGACUUUUCUACAAGUUGUACUUGCUUGUAUACGGCGUCUUCGCUCGCUACGAAUUCUUUGUACGCCCUGGUCGGUUUUAAUUUGCAGAGCAAGAGCCCGUAGAACGUUUCAUGGGAUGCUCAGAACUGACUGGUCACGGAGUAUGCCAGGCGCGUGCCAUUUAGCUAACAUCACCGUCCAAAAAUCCGUUUCUUCUACCCAAAAUCAACAUACACGUGCCUACGAUGGACAACACGUCGUGAAAAUCGCAAUUAUUAAAUUGCUUAUUAAAUAACGACUGCCAUCUGCACGGUCGGACCACACGUACUUUCAAGUCCCAUUCUGUUGAAAAUUUGCAAUAUGCUUCAAAUCCUUUGACCACACUAUUGCUGCCUCGAGCCGCUUGGGAAAUCAGGUUAUUAAAAUCGCGGUCUACUAGCUGGUUAACUUAUGACAUGUUUAACCGGUAUGGCGAUAUUAUUUGCGAAGAAGCGCUGUGGAACAUACCAGUUAUAAGUGUCAAAAACAGAGAUUUCAUCGAAAGGGUACUUAGACAAAGUGGAAAAUACCCUAUCCGACCUCCAAAUGAAGUAACAGCUAACUACCGAAAAUCCCGUCCGGAUCGCUACACAAAUACAGGACUUGUCAACGAACAAGGUGAAGUUUGGGCGAUGCUACGAAAUAAAUUGACGCCGGAACUUACAAGUCCUAGGACAAUUCGACGUUUUUUGCCAGAAGUUAACCAGCUCGCAGACGAUUUUAAUAAUCUGAUUUCCCUAGCGAGAGAUGGCAAUAACGCGGUCAGAGGAUUCGAAACGUAUUGUAACAGAAUGGGAUUGGAAAGCACGUGUACGUUAAUUUUGGGCAGGAGGAUCGGAUUUAUGGACGGAGAGGUUAGCGAGACGGCUACGCGCCUGGCAGAUUCUGUGACCAGUCAAUUUAGAGCAUCGCAGGAAGCAUUUUAUGGGCUUCCACUCUGGAAGUUGAUACCAACUAAGGCGUACAAGGAUUUCGUAGCGAGCGAGGACGCCCUAUACGACAUCGUGUCCGAAUUCGUAGAGUCAGCGUUGAUCGACGAACAACAGUCUUGCACGGACGUACGCAGCGUGUUCGUGUCUAUACUACAGGCGUCAGAGUUGGACAACAGAGACAAGAAAGCAGCCAUUAUCGAUUACAUCGCCGCCGGAAUUAAAACAUUGGGAAACACCCUGGUGUUUUUAUUGUACUUGGUCGCCAAACAUCCGGAAGUACAAGAAAAAAUAUACAACGAGGUAUCACUAUUGGCUCCGGCGGGUACGCCAAUUACCGCAGAACAUUUACACAAGGCGACAUAUUUAAACGCGUGUAUAAUCGAAGCCCACAGGCUUAAACCCACUGCUCCGUGUAUUGCAAGAGUGUUGGAAUCGGAAAUAGAAUACGAUAAUUACAGAUUGCCGCCAGGGACCGUCGUGUUGUUGCACACGGGGUUGGCGUGUUUGGACGAAAACAAUUUCAAAGACGCGACCUCGUACAAACCGGAAAGGUGGCUGGACGAGUUGACGAAAAAAUCACCAUUUUUGGUCGCACCGUUCGGUUGUGGCAAACGAAUGUGUCCGGGCAAGCGAUUCGUAGAUCUAGAACUCCAAAUUGUCUUAGCAAAAAUGGUCAAGCAAUUUCAAAUCGACUUUGAGGGACAACUGAAAACUGAAUUUGAAUUUCUUUUGACACCCGUUGACUCGAAUUUUAUUCUACGAGAUAGAAUUUAUUAAUGUUAUUAAAUAAUAACUAAUAUUAUAUCAUUAAAUUAUUUAUUUUAUCGUA